AUGCCACUGACAAGGCACGUCUUCUCGGCCGCCCAGAGGGCGGCCGUCCCGACGCUGGGAUCCGGCGUCCGCCGAAUGGCUACCAUUUCCUCCAAUCCUCUGGACAGGAAGGUUCGGCAAAACAAUUGGGAAGAGGGAAACUUUAUCAACUACAAGAAGAUGUCGGAAAAUCUGGCGAUCGUCCGGAGCAGGCUCAAUCGCCCUCUCACCUAUGCUGAGAAGAUUCUCUACUCUCAUCUUGACGAUCCUCAUGGCCAGGAUAUCGAGCGUGGAGUAUCUUACCUGAAGCUGCGACCGGAUCGUGUAGCUUGCCAGGAUGCGACCGCCCAGAUGGCCAUUCUCCAAUUCAUGUCCGCCGGCAUGCCCUCGGUCGCCAACCCGGUGACGGUGCACUGUGAUCAUUUGAUUGAAGCCCAGGUCGGUGGUGAGAAGGACUUGGCUCGUGCUAAGAGCAUCAACAAGGAGGUCUACGACUUCCUCGCGUCGGCAUGCGCUAAAUACAACAUCGGAUUUUGGAAGCCAGGCUCCGGUAUUAUUCACCAGAUCCUGCUCGAGAACUACGCCUUCCCCGGAGGUCUCUUGAUCGGCACUGACUCUCACACUCCUAAUGGCGGUGGCCUCGGAAUGUGUACUAUUGGUGUCGGUGGUGCUGAUGCCGUCGAUGUUAUGGCAAACCUCCCUUGGGAGUUGAAAGCACCCAAGGUCAUUGGUGUUAAGCUGACUGGCGAAAUGUCUGGAUGGACGUCGCCAAAGGACAUCAUCCUCAAGGUCGCCGGCAUCCUCACCGUAAAGGGUGGAACUGGUGCGAUUGUCGAGUACCAUGGACCCGGUGUCGCUGGCAUUUCUGCCACGGGUAUGGGAACCAUUUGCAACAUGGGUGCUGAGAUUGGUGCCACGACAUCCGUAUUCCCCUUCAACGACCGUAUGUACGAUUACCUUGCUGCGACGAAGAGGAAGGAGAUCGGCGACUUCGCCCGUGUAUAUGCCAAGGAACUUCGGGAAGACGAGGGCGCGGAGUACGAUCAGUUCCUCGAGAUCAACUUGUCCGAAUUGGAGCCCCAUAUCAACGGUCCUUUCACUCCUGACCUUGCCACCCCGAUCUCCAAGUUCAGUCAGGCCGUGAAGGAGAACGGCUGGCCCAGCGAACUUAAGGUCGGUCUUAUUGGAUCAUGCACCAACUCGUCAUACGAAGACAUGUCCCGAGCCGCCUCCAUCGCUCGUGACGCGUUGAACCACGGUUUGAAGGCGAAGGCGCUCUUCACUGUCACCCCAGGCUCCGAACAAAUCCGGGCUACUAUUGAGCGAGACGGCCAGUUGCAGACCUUUGAGGAAUUUGGCGGAGUUGUCCUCGCCAACGCUUGCGGCCCUUGCAUCGGUCAAUGGGACCGUAAGGACGUCAAGAAGGGAGAGGCAAACUCCAUCGUCUCUUCGUAUAACCGCAACUUCACCGGCCGCAAUGACGGAAACCCAGCUACCCACUCAUUUGUCACCUCUCCCGAUCUGGUAGUGGCCCUGACCAUUGCCGGGUCUCUGCACUUCAACCCCCUAACGGAUAAGCUCAAGGACAAGGACGGCAACGAGUUCAUGUUGAGUCCUCCCACUGGUGAUGGUCUGCCCACCCGGGGCUACGACCCUGGCCAGGAUACCUACCAGGCCCCACCCAAGGAUAGGGCGUCUGUCCAAGUCCAAGUCGCCCCUACCUCAGACCGACUACAAAUCCUCUCUCCCUUCGCUCCCUGGGACGGCAAGGAUGCCCUCGACAUUCCUAUCCUAAUCAAGGCACAGGGCAAGACGACCACUGACCACAUUUCCAUGGCCGGUCCCUGGUUGAAGUACCGAGGUCACCUGGACAACAUCUCCAACAACAUGCUUAUCGGUGCCAUCAACGAGGAAAACGGCGAGGCGAAUAAGAUUAAGAACUUCACCACUGGCGAGUAUGAUGCCGUCCCCGCCGUCGCUAGGGACUAUAAGAAGAAGGGCAUCAAGUGGGUUGUUAUCGGCGACUGGAACUACGGUGAAGGCAGCUCUCGCGAGCACGCCGCACUUGAACCCCGCCACCUCGGUGGUCUAGCCAUCGUCACCAGGAGUUUCGCCCGUAUCCAUGAGACCAACUUGAAGAAGCAGGGCAUGCUCCCUCUCACUUUCUCGGACCCUGCCGAUUAUGACAAGAUUAGGCCCGAUGAUAAGGUCGAUAUCCUGUGUACCGAGCUUGCCGUCGGAAAGCCUUUGACGAUGCGCGUGCACCCCAAGAACGGGGCUUCCUUCGAUGUCGAGCUACAGCAUACUUAUAAUGAGGCACAGAUCGAGUGGUUCAAGAACGGAAGUGCGCUAAACACCAUGGCCAAGAACAACAAAUAA